AAGGAAGCAAGGUGAAGCUUGCUCCAGUCCCUGACACAGGAGAAGGGGUGAAGGCAGAAGGUGCUGAGGGGUGUCUGCCUUCCACUGAAACAUGGGAGGAGGAGGAGGGAGGAUCACUGGUGGCCAGCACUGGAAUGCUAAUCAAUACUUCAGAGACCACACCAGAAUGCACUGCAGGUGGGCCUCCUUCCACCACUGAAGCAGUGGUUGAAGAGGAGGAGGAGGAGGAGGAGGAGGAGGAAGAAGCAUCAUCACUGCUGGAGGAUGUAACAGCUCCAAGUGAUAGCUCAGAGGCUGUGCCUCAGGGUGCGGCUGGCGAGUCUCCUAAGAAGUCACAGAAGAGGAAAAAGAAGAGGAGAAACUCCAAGAAGGGCCCUUCCAGCUCUGGGGAUCAGGACUCUCUGCCUCCUAACAAAGACACAAAGCAGAAGAAGGAGACCCCAAGUGAGAAAGUGAGCAAAGUAACUGGGAAAGCAAGUGGGACCAAAGGACCUGAGGUUACUAAAAUGGACAAUGCCUCAGCUGCAACAGACAGUUGCAAGGACAAAAAGCAACAAAUGAAACAGAAACCUGUGGAUAAGAUUAAAGAAAGUGAUGGUGUUACAGUGUAUUUCCAUGCAAUAAUAUCCAAGGACUUCAAACUAAACCCUGACGCAGCCAAAGUGUUCAUCAGGGCUGGAAGCAUUCCUCACUACAAAAACUGGAAGGACAACAUUUGUGAGCUGAACUUCAGCAGGGAUCUAGGAGUACAUGGAUUCCUCAUCGAAGGGACUGUAACUCUUGCAAAAGAAAUUGUUAAUAAAACCAUUCCCUACAAAUAUUUUGUUGUCUCUGGUAAAGAGCAGUAUGAAUUUAUUUACAAGCACUCAAUAUCCAGUAACCACGUGAAUCGCUGCCUGUGGAUAAGAGGAGAGUUGCUCAACAAUGGAGAAUGGCAUCAGUAUGAUGACAUUGUGUGUGCAGCACCUUCUCUAAUGGGAAACCUUUGGCAGUUUAUUUCUGGCAAUAAAAAAGGUGUGUUGGAAGGGAAGAGAAUAGCUGCAAACAUUAUGUUAGAAAAUAUCUUCAGCAUUCUUGGAACCUGGAGUCCCAACAACCUGAGAAACUUCUUCUGCCAGCUGGCACAGUUCUACUCUGUGACAAAAGAGCCACAUGUGUAUGAUGGCUGUGCAAUGCCAUGGACAGAGCUCAGCUUUGGCUCAGAGCAGGUGAAUGAUUUGCUGCUAAGUUAUAUGGAGAAAAUGGCUCGUCCUUUCUUUGAACCAGGAGGUGGGAAAGUGUCACAGAAGGACUUAGUAAUAAAAAGUAAACUAGCUCUGGGACUCACCAUUCUCACAGUCAUUGAAAGGCUUGGGCUUCCAACAUCAAAAAGCAAGCUGGCUGGGCUGUGCAGCCUCUUGUGCUUGGAUAAGGUGUCACAACAAGCAGUACAGGAUGAGCUUCAUCGUAUCCAAAAGGAUUUUGGAGCAGUUGUUAGCAUCAUGAACUUGAAAGUUCAGCUGACAAACUUGUGCCAGAGAUGCAUGGAUGAUGAGGUGAACCAGUGGGUGUGGGUUCUUCCUCUUCUGCAUUUCUUUGCUGCUCCUUUGCAGCAGGACCACUGGCUGACAGAAGAGGACACCUGGGCAGGGCUGGAAGGGCUUCCAUUUGCUGAAACAAGGAAGAAGCACGUGGAAACUAAUGCAACUUCCCUCCUGCAAGUAAUGAAAGAGAAGAAAUACUUGAUGGAAUUUGAUAAGAUGUUGGUCAAGUCCUGGUUCUGUGUGCUGCCCCUGGAGAGCCUUGCUGAAUUUAUAGAAGACUUCUGCAGUGAUUUGUUAGUUGCUCUACAAGGUGUUUUUUACAGAUUAGAGAACAUUGAGUCUUCAAGGACCAGUCCUAAGGUAGUAGAGAGUCUUCUAAAGACACUGCUGUGUGCCUUGGAUGAGAAACAGGCCAGUGCUCUGGAAGCUCACUCUUGGCUGUCCUGCUUGACCUGUUGCCUCAAGCUGCACCAGAGGGUCUGCAAGUACACAAAGCAGGGGAGUUGCUUCAUGAUUCAGGCCACUUCUGCCAUGAUGAUUUCAAAGGUUGCCAAGCUUCAGCCCACAGCAGAAGUUCCAGGGGUAGAAGUAUUCAGUGAAGCUCUGACAAACACUCGAACCUGGUUCAGAAAUACUUUAAACCAGAAGUUAUUGAAAGAACAUGUGGAGCAUGUGACAUUCUCUUUUAAUUGGGAACUUCAGGCCUGGGAUGAAUUUUUGAAGAUCAGCUUUCCAGAUGAAAGGUUCACUGUGAGGUGGAAGAAGACUUUACUUGGAGAUUUGGAGAGAAGAAUUCAGCAGGAGCCUCCAGUUAACCAAAUCUUAGCCUACUGCUGUCAGCACUCCAGAUUUAAGCAACUUGACUCUUCCAUUGGCUGGUGCUUCUGUAACUGUGCCACAGAGGCUGUCACUGCUGCUUGCCAGACUCAGAGCAACCUCCUUGAGAAGAUUUCUUCCUACAACUUGAGUCAGUUCAGCCAGCUUGUAUCAGCUAUUAUUGUGAAGUCGUGGCCAAUGAAGAGUGAGCAGUCUGAGGGUGAUUUUGAUGAGAUUUUCCACCACGUGCUUACAUGGCCUGACAUCAAACACAUCUUCAGCUUUAAUGGAACAGACAAAAAGCUCCUAGAAAAACUUACAGAUGAAGCAAAGAAUGUCAUGGCCACAGCAGACUCUGUGUUUAUGGGCGUCACCGAUGACAUCCAGAAAGGGCGUAUCCUUGUGAAACAUCUGGAAGAGGUUUUCCAGCAUGAGAGACAGUUCACCUCUAUCUGGGAGAUAAAGUGCCAGCACCUGCCAGGUGAACACAAAGAACUAUGCCUGAGGGAGCUGAAGGAACUGCUGCGGAGGAGGCAAAAGGAAGUAACGCUGCUCAGAGAAGAGAAAAAGGCAAUAGGAACCUUCUUGAGCAUGUGCAGGAAGGUGCAGGCCUCUGUGAAAGUGGAUGUGGGUGAAGUGGCGUCUCAGUACUCGGAAGAUCUUCGCUCCAAAAGACUAAAUGCAGUUGUGAAUGUGGAAAAGAGUCCCCUACAGACCUACUACAGCUUGAGCCCAAAGCUGAAAGAAUGUGCCCAGAAAAUGCACUCUUUUAAGGAAAGCCUGAUCUUCCAGCAGUUCUGGGAGAAAGCUGCACAGAAGGCAGGACAGGGGUGUGAAAGUUCAGAGGAGGAGGAGUACGAGGACACCAGUGAUGGUACAUUGGACCUUGAGGAUGUUUUCAGCAGUCUAAUCUGUCCUUGUUUUGAGAGCUAUGAAAGGCUGUAUGAUGAUCUCGAGUCUGGAAGCCUCACACUUGCUGCAGUUGAUAAAAUUUUUCAGGAAUUUAUAAAUCAUCCUGAAGAUAUCAAAGCUGAACUAAAUAUCAUGUGUAAGCUCAGACCUGGGGAAGACAGAGGCUGGAUUGAUCGGCGAGCUCAGCAGAUCCAGCAGUACCAUGAAAUGCAUUUAAUUUUUGAUGCUGUGAAGAUCAUUGCCAAUGUCAAAGAGAGUUUAAACCUCUCUGGUGACUUCAGUAUCCUGGAAAACUUGCUGGACAUAACAGAAAAGCUUAAAUCCUACAAGGAAAAAAAGCUGGAUUCCAUCAGCCCUGAGCUUGUGCAUGCCAAGAGACUGAUGCAGGGGAUCACUGUGAACCGUCGUGGGUGUCUGAGGGAGCUGGCCCAGCAGAAGGAGUUUGUCUCCUGGGUGAGGGAGGCACUGAAAGACAUAAAUGAGCUGAAGGUGUUUGUAGACUUGGCAUCCAUCUCUGCUGGGGAGAACGACAUGGACGUGGACCGCGUGGCGUGUUUCCAUGACACUGUGCACGGCUACUCUUCCCUGCUCUACGAGCUCAGGCAAGAGUCAGGGUUUGAGGACUUCAUGUACUGCUUGAAGAAGCUGUGGCGAGCCCUGGAGAGUGAUGAGAACCUGCCCAAGAAGCUGCGUGCUUCAGCUCAACACUUGGAGUGGUUGAAAACAGUGAAGGAGAGCCAUGGAUCUGUGGAGCUGUCAUCGCUGUCGCUGGCAGCUGCCAUCAACAGCAGAGGAGUGUAUAUCCUUAGAGCACCAGUUGAUGGCCAGAAGGUUUCUCUGGACAGUGUCCUGCACUUCACCCUCCAGGGGAGCUCUUGGGAUGAGGCAUCAUGGAAAUACUCUCUGGCAGACCUCCGUGAACUGCAGAACAAACUGAUGCUCAUGUCAGCAAAGGGAGAGCAAGGCUUGGAAGUGGAGAAGUUCUCUGAGGUUUUUUCCAAUGUCCAAAGACUUGCACAGGCCUUUAUAGACCUGUACUCAGCUGGGAACAUGCUCUUCCGUUCCUGGCUUGCCCACGUGUACUGCUCAGCCCAGAGGGAGUCCUGUGUUCUCAUGGACUUCUCUGUGGGAGCCAUCCCAGCGCUGGAGGGGCAGGGGAAUACGGCAGCUGUGCUCCCAGGUCUCUGCAAGACAAUGGAGGGGUUCCUGGAGAGCUGGAAAAGCUUCAUGUGUGAAAAACGAUCCCAGUAUUUCUACCUGAACUACUACACUGCUGAGCAGCUGGUUUACCUGUGCACAGAGCUGGGGCAGGAGGAGCCCAGCCAGGAUGCCCUGAUGAUGCUUUCCUUCCUGAAGCGCGACUGCACCCAGCAGGACGUCCUCAGAGCCUCCAGCAGUGCGGUGCCUUACGUCUCAAGGGAGGUAAUUUCUGACUUCCAGGUGAUGCUGGAUGGAGAGGAGGACCUGACUGCACAGCUGGUGUGCAUCUGGGAGUGCUACAUGUGCAACAUGUGCUCCCUCCUUCCCAACUGCCUGGAUAUCGAUACACUCGGUGGGUGGCUGGAGGAUCUGGCCAGCUGGGAGGGACAGCGUGUCACAAGGGACUUCCCACAGGACCUUCUGUAUGUUGGUCAGCCCAACCUCAUCACCUGCCCUCGCUCUGAGGUGCUCACAUCUGCUCUGGCUAUUUACAUGAACAGCCCCGACGAGCCCCUUCCCACUUUCGAUGAAGUUCUCCUGUGCACUCCUCAGACCAGUGCUGAGCAGGUGGAGCUGUUCCUCAGGAGGUGCCUCAUUCCCUGCGGUGGAGGAGAGAAGAUUUACACCAUGCUGUAUGCAGACGAGCUGAGCUAUGAUGUCAGCUGCAGAGCAGAGGAGCUGUUCCGGCGCCUGCAGCACUACAACAGCUCCUACCACCUCAUCAUCCUGUGCAACUGCGAGAGGGAGCACAGCUACCUGCCCUCUGUCUUCAGCCAGUACAAAGUGCACAUGAUACCCCAGAGGCCACUAGCUGAAAUCCAGCAGUACCUUCAGCACCACUACAGAGUCGCUCAGCCUUCCAGCUCGGCCGCUUCUGUGUUCAAGGACAACGUGUGUGUUGGGAUUGUGGCCUCCAAAAGAGCUGGUGUGGGGAAAUCUCUGUAUGUGAAGAGGCUACAUGAGAGACUGCAAGGACAGCAGCCUGACUAUACAAAACUUCUGAAAACAAUCAGACUUAUUGAACCAGAAGUAGAUGAAAAUAAAGUGCUAAAAUCUCUCCUGCCUUUUCUGAAGAGGAAACACCAGACAAAGCCCAUGAUCUUCCAUUUUGAUAUCACCUCUUCAGUCCAAAGUGGAAUUGCAGAGUUUCUCUUCAAGCUGUUGGUUUUGCAGUAUCUGGCAGAUGACAAUGGGAAUAUGUGGCUGCGACAGAAGUGCCAUUUGUACAUCAUUGAAAUCCUUGAGGGAUCAGCAGUGCCAGAGAAAGCAGAGAGACAUAAAAGAAAAUCUGCGAGCCAGAAGUAUAAUUUCUUAGAUGUGUUCCCUAAAGUGACGUGCAGGUCUCCCAAGGAACUACUAGAAAUGCAGGUACUUGGGAAGCACUGUGGGGACGCUUCAGACCCAGGAAUGGAUGAGGAGGAAUUUCGUAGCGAGGCUUUCCAGAGACCUUUCCAGUAUCUGAGAAGAUUUGACCAGGGGCACAAUCUGGACACCUUCUGUUACGAAGGCCACUCUGUGGAAGGGAGCCCAGCAGAGUGCCUGCAGCAGCUCCUCCUGCACUGCGGGGUCACGGAUCCCUCCUGGGCAGAGCUCCGAAACUUCACGUGGUUUCUCAACAUUCAGCUGAGAGACUGCGAAGCUUCUGUCUUCUGCAAUCCUGACUUUGUCCAGGACACUCUGCAGGGUUUCAAGAACUUUGUUGUUACCUUCAUGAUUUUAAUGGCGAGGGAUUUUGCAACGCCCUCUCUGAAUAUUUCUGAUCAGAGUACAGGAAGGCAGUUCUCCAACCUGGACAACGUUGCGGAAGAAGAUCUUCUCCCCUUCCGCAUCCGGAAGAAGUGGGAAUCUGAGCCUCAUCCAUACCUGUUUUUCAAUGAAGACCGUGUGUCCAUGACAUUCAUUGGUUUCCACCUCCAGCGCAGUGGCAGUCAUGGCGUGGAUGCCAUUAAUCCUCUGAAUGGCAACAUUAUCAAGAAGAACGUCAUGACUUCACGGCUGUACAAAGGUUUGCUUCUUCAGAGAGUUCCCUUCAACAUUUCAUUUGACACGUUGCCUCGUCACGAGAAGCUGGAGAAGCUUUGCAUGGUUUUGGGGAUCCCCUGGGUGGUGGACCCCGAUGAGACCUACGAACUCACAACAGACAAUGUGCUGAAAAUCUUGGCGAUUGAGAUGCGAUUCAGAUGCAACAUCCCGGUUGUCAUCAUGGGAGAAACUGGCUGUGGGAAAACCAGGCUCAUAAAGUUCCUGUGCAAGUUACGCAGAAGCUGCAUAGAGGCAGAGAACAUGAAGCUUGUGAAGGUUCACGGAGGUACUACUGCAGAGAUGAUUUAUGAGAGGAUCAGAGAAGCAGAAGCCCUUGCUAAAAUCAACAAGGAGCAGCAUGGGCUGGACACAGUCCUAUUUUUCGAUGAAGCCAACACAACAGAGGCCAUAAGCAGCAUCAAGGAGGUUCUGUGUGACCACACGGUGCAGGGGAAGCCUUUGGCCUCCUGCUCUGGCCUGCGGAUCAUAGCAGCCUGCAACCCUUACCGUAAGCACACGCCGGAGAUGAUCCAGCGCCUGGAGCUGGCUGGGCUGGGCUACAGAGUCAGGGCAGAGGAGACAAGGGACAAGCUUGGCUCUAUUCCCCUCAGGCAGCUCGUGUACCGCGUCCACGCCCUCCCCCCCAGCAUGAUCCCCUUAGUGUGGGAUUUUGGGCAGCUGAACAGCAUCACUGAGAAGAUGUACAUCCAGCAGAUCGUGCAGCGGGUGCGGGAGCAGGUGCCCAUGGGGCAGGGGGAGCUGGAGGUGGUUACAGAGGUGCUCUUUGCCUCCCAGCAGUACAUGAGGCAGAGGGACGACGAGUGCAGCUUCGUUAGCUUGCGGGAUGUGGAGCGCUGCGUGGAAGUCUUCAAGUGGUUUCACAGCCGUAGUGAACUCCUGCUGAGAGAACUGGAGAAGUACCUUACUGAGAAGAGAGCUCCCAAGAGCACCACUGAGAGAAACACCAUUAUCUGGUCCUUGGUGCUGGCAGUCGGGGUCUGCUAUCACGCAUCCUUGGAGAGGAAGGAGGCGUACAGAAGUGCCAUCAGUCAGGUCCUCCCGAAACCCUAUGAUACCCAGAAAAAGAUUUUGGAAGAGAUCUCCCUGGUGCAGGACUUAUUCCUGAGUGGUGUGCACCUCCGAGAUACCAUAGCAAGAAACUUGGCCUUGAAGGAAAAUGUCUUUAUGAUGGUCAUCUGCAUCGAGUUGAAAAUCCCUCUUUUUCUCGUUGGGAAGCCUGGGAGCUCCAAAUCCCUUGCAAAAACCAUCGUGGCCGAUGCUAUGCAGGGUCAAGCAGCUCCCUCAGAUUUGUUCAAGGACCUGAAGCAGAUCCAUCUAGUAUCUUUUCAGUGCAGCCCUCUCUCCACGCCAGAGGGAAUCAUAGGCACGUUCAAGCACUGUGCUCGAUUCCAGGAGGGGAAGAACUUGGACGAGUAUGUCUCAGUGGUGGUUUUGGAUGAGAUUGGGCUGGCAGAAGAUUCUCCCAAAAUGCCCUUGAAGACUUUGCAUCCACUUUUGGAAGAUGGAUGCAUAGAUGAUGUCCCUCUUCCUCAGAAAAAGGUUGGCUUCAUUGGGAUUUCCAACUGGGCUUUGGACCCUGCUAAAAUGAAUCGAGGCAUCUUUGUCUCCCGUGGUGACCCCAGCAAAGAAGAGCUCAUAAAAAGCGCGGAGGGGAUUUGUUCCUCAGCACGAGGGGCUUUGCAGAAGAUAGAACAGUACUUCUGUCACUUUGCAGAUGCGUAUGAAAAUAUUUGCAAGGCCCAGGACAGGGAGUUCUUUGGUCUGCGUGACUACUACAGCCUCAUAAAGAUGUUCUUUGCCUUAGCUAAGAGCUCCAAAAGGGAGCCGACACCUAAAGACAUAGCUGAAGUCGUUCUUCGUAACUUUGGUGGCAAAGAUGAUGUCAAUGCCUUGGAAAUAUUCACCUCACAGCUACCUGAAAAAGGAGAAAUACACGCUCACGACAUCAGCAGGAUUGAGCUGAUAGGACAGAACAUCUACAGCAGCUCUCAGGAUGGUGACUGCAGGUACCUGCUUGUUCUCACUGAGAAUUACGCGGCACUGCAGAUCCUCCAGCAAGCUUUUUUUACUGCCCGACAACAGCCAGAAAUCAUCUUUGGCUCUAGCUUCCCCAAGGACCAAGAGUAUACCCAGAUAUGCAGGAACAUCAACCGUGUGAAGGUCUGCAUGGAGACUGGCCAGAUGGUUGUCCUCCUCAACUUGCAAAACCUUUAUGAAAGCCUUUACGACGCCCUCAAUCAGUACUACGUGUACCUCGCUGGCCAGAAGUACGUUGAUUUGGGGCUGGGCACCCACCGGGUGAAGUGCCGGGUGCACCCCAAGUUCCGUUUGAUAGUCAUCGAGGAGAAGGACGUGGUGUACAAGCACUUCCCCAUCCCACUGAUCAACAGGCUGGAGAAGCACUACCUGGAUAUUGGCACUGUGCUGGACAAGGGGCAAAGAGAGACUGUGGAAGAGCUGAAGAAGUGGGUGCGUGAGUUCGCUGCAGCCAACACAGAAGAGCACUUCAUCAGCAAGCAGAAAUACAGCCCCUCCGACGUGUUUGUGGGCUACCACUCCAAUACCUGUGCCUCAGUGGUCCUACAGACCACGGCAAGGCUGAGACCAGCAUGUCCUGCUGGUGAACUGAUGUCCUGUGUGAAGAGAGAAGCCCAGCUGGCACUGCUGAACUGUGCCACCCCUGACGCGGUGAUCCGGCACUGCCACUCGCUGGGCUCCUUCCUGGCAGGCUCUCUGGCAGAGGUGUACUUCAGGCACCAGCACCACACGUCCUUUGCAGACUUCCUCCGAGCUCAUGUCCACUCUGGGGCUGGGCACCAAACGGUUUUUACAGAGGUCACCACCUUCUCGAGGCUUCUCACCAGCGCUGACGCUGCUUGCCUGGAGAGGGAAGUGCAGGGUAAAGCUCAGAGGCCUCAGAUCCUGUUCCUGCAGCAGUUUGACACAGAGUACUCAUUCCUGAGGGGUAUUCGAGAUUUCCUUGAUGCCACAUCAGGAAAUAAAGUCCUUAUUAUUCAGACAGACUUUGAAGAUGGCUUGCAAAAUGCCCAGCUCAUCGCCUCAGCCAAAUACACCGUUGUUAAUGAAAUCAACAAAGUGGACCUGGGAGAAGUCUCUGUCUUUGUUUACUUUAUUAUGAAGCUUUCCCGGGUGGAAGGAGGAACAUCCUACGUGGGGUUCCAUGGAGGCCUGUGGCAGUCGGUGCAUAUAGACGAUCUGCGCAGAUCCAAGGACAUGGUCUCUGACAUGACUGCCCUGCAGAACCUCACCAUCAGCCAGAUAUUCUCUGAGGAUUUGGGCAGAACCAAAGCUCUGCCUGUGAAUGGAGAAGAACAGGGGGAGAGUGAGAUGGAAGUUGAAACACCAGGGCCAGGAGCAGAGGUCUAUGAGGGUGAAAUGCUGGACACCACUGUGCUGCUGAGGACCUGUGUGCAGAGUGCUGUGGGGAUGCUGAGGGACCAGUAUGAAGAUCUGAGUCGAAGCAGAAAGCGGAUUAAGAUUCUCCUGGGCCUUCUGUCCAAAGAGGAUGACUUGAAAGCCUCUUUCCUGAAGAUAACAAAGGCUCGACUCUCCAACCUUUUGAAGAAGCAAGAAGAAAAUUCUCUUCACCCAAAAAACUGGGUGCUUCGGGAGGCUUCCAACCUCAAUGCUCUGCAGGAGGCAGGCACCUUCAGGCACACCUUGUGGAAGCGAGUCCAGCACGUGAUCACUCCAUUCCUGGCUCUCCUGGUUGCUGUCAUAGACAGGAAUGGCAACCUGGAGCUGCUGGCCAGGCCGGCAGCUGAGUGGGUGACAAGGCUGUGGAUGUUCAUCUUCAGUGACACAAAACUCCUGACUGUCCCUUACGGUGUGGGUAAGAACAGCUCUCAGCCAGAGAUAAUUCUGGUGCAGAACAACAUGGUGGUGUCAGCCGAUGCUGGGAAUGAGAUGCCCUUCAGCUGGAGGAUAAAGGAGUACUUGGAUGACCUGUGGUUGGAAGCUCAAUACAUCCAAAACACUGAAGACCAAGCUGAGAAGUUUGUGGAUAUCUUCCAGAAAACUGCACUAGGAAAGUUUAUCUCUGCUCUGACUGGGCAGGAGAGGCAGAUGCUCUUCCAGUGCUAUGUCACAGACUUCAUUGUCUUGACCAUUGGUGUGUCCUCCAUAAAGGAGCUGCAGUGUCUGCGAAAUGCAUUCUUCUCCUGCAUAGAGGAGUGGAGGGCCAGGUCUCCCAGGAGAGAGGAGAUGGUGCCCUCCUUGCCUUGGGUCCACCUCAGCUACCAUCAGUUCAGGAGCCGCCUGCAGAACUUCUCCAGGAUCAUGGCUGUGCACUCCCGGGUGGCUGACUACUUCACUGACCAGGAGGGACAUGGGACACCACAGCCAGAGAUGGUUUUGGAUGUGUUGGCUGCAAUGGCAUGUGCUGAAGAGCUGGAGAGCCAAGUGCAGACAGCACGUCCAGAGAGCUGGCUGCAGAAGGUGAAGAAUCUUCGUAUGCCUGUUGAAUUUCUUUGUAAAGAGAAGAACUCACAAAGGAGUGGGAGUCGGUGCCAUCAGCUGCUGACAGAACUUGAAGUCCACUGGAACCGGGUGUUCUCCAUGUCCCUCUUCAUCGAGCACGUCUUGCUGGACAUCAACACUCUGAUGCCAGGAUUUGAGAAUUUAGUGAGAAAAUAUACUUUGCUUCUUGCUGAGUGUUUCCAGCGUGGUUCAGACAUGAAGACUCACCCAACGUUCAUUGCAGUGAUGAAAGUGCUGUGCCAGUGUAAGGACGAGGUCAGCAACAGGCUCCACAGGUAUGGCCUGAAUCCAUGUUCCAUCUGCCUAAGAGAGCCAGAGGACCCAGUCUGCCUGCCUUGCUACCAUAUGUUCUGUCAGAAGUGCAUCAGAAUGUGGCUAGUACCAGCACAGAUGCAUUGUCCCUGCUGCAAAGUUGCUGUGGAGGAGAAUGUUGAUUUAAAUGUCUCCGUGGAGCUCAGAGAGGCCAUAGUGAGGAAUGCCCUGUUCCGGCAGAGGUGCAACAACUUCUUCAUCCAUGUGGUCACCACCAUGUGCUUCAAGGACAACGAGCCCCCUGAGGCAGAGGUGAUCCAAGAGCUCCUGAACCUGCUCUUUGUUCAUAGAAGCCUCUUGACAGACUCAGAUCACCCUGCUAUCUACACAAAAUUUCUGUCCCCAUUUAAUGAUGAAGUGGAUGAAACUCCCAUUAUCCGCUCAGUGAUGCUGAAGCUCCUCUUGAAGUACAGCUUCAAUGAAGUGAAAAAUGAUGUCCAACGCUACCUGUCCCGAGUAGAGCACAGCAAGAUCCUAGAGAAAAAUGAUAAAAAAGAACUCUACUUGCUUUUUGUCAACUGUUUAGAGGAUGCCAUGUGUGAAAAGUCUGAGGGCAGCCUUGGAUAUGAGCAUAUCAACUAUCUGCCUGGAGAAAGAGGUUUUCCAGAGAACUAUCUGCCAGCAUACAACCAGGAAACCCCUCCAGAGUCAUCUGUUGAAUACCUGCAGGCAGUAGCCAAGGUUCGCUUGUACCUGAGUAAGGCUGUGGAGCUGCUCUUUGACUUGCAUGAGGCCAGGGAAGCAGAGCAGCUGGAGGAGAAGCAGCAUUACCUGGCAGGUGUGGAGCUGUUCUGCAGCCUCACCAGGAACGACUGGCACCGCGUGUACCUCGUGCGGAAAAUCGCCACGCAGUAUGGCAUGGAGUUUGCUCAGAAGCUUGUCACAGAGGCACAGUUCAACUGGGUGUUCCCAGGGGAAAUUCUGGAGCAGGUAAAGAGCAGCCAGUCGAAUCACAUCGACCGUUACCUGGCCUGCGGCGAGCCUUACAGAGCCCUGCGUGAUGCUGUGGGGAAAGCCAUGAUUGAGUGUGAGACUGAGGGCCUGCUGGAGGCAGAGAAGGCAUCUUGCAGCUCCCCAGCUGUACGGUCUGUCCAUCUGCUCCUGGCUCUUUUCAGAGAGGUCACUGCCCUCUAUGGAAGUGGUUGCUCAAGUCUUCAUCCCAGACAGCAGGUAAGUUCCUUCACUUUGGAAGAGAAAGAAAUGACAAGCAUGAUAAGGGUGAAUGAGAUUUGAAUCCUGUUCUGCUGCCCCAAAUAUCUGUGUCCUGCCCUGAGCACACUGGGUGUGUUUUCGAAGCAGGAGCAUGGGAAGCAGCCCAUAGUCCUCUUCCAUUUGGGCAAUAUCAUGCUCAUUUUAUUUCUUUUAAACAUGUUUUUUCAGCAAACAGACGCUAUGACCAAGUUCAUCCAGAACUCUCAAGCCCUGAAUUCUCCAGACCUGCAGCACUUUGCAGCUUCUCUUGUGAUGAACACUCUGCCAUCUCUGAGAGUGGAGCCCCGAAGCUUCGGGCGCGGCGGCGCGCUGGCAGAGAUGGCUGUUCACAUGGCAGCUGUCCUGCUCUGUGGGCACAGCCCCCUCCUGCAGCCCCUGAGGAACCUGGCCUGCCACCCAGACACCAUGCAGCAUUCUUUUCUGCCCACAAUGCCAGAGGAUCUGAUGGCUCAGGCGAGGUCCUGGGGAGAACUGGCUGCCCUGCGCUGGUACACAUGUCGAAAUGGGCACCCCUGUGCUGUAGGAGAGUGUGGUCUCCCCAAGGAAACCAGCUACUGCCUUGACUGUGGUGCCCCAGUGGGAGGACUAGACCAUAAACCACUGCAGGGCUUUAAGGAAUUAAGGAAUACUGGGGACAGAACUCAAACUGGCCACAUCCUUGGAGAUGUACAACACAGGAGAGCCCUGGGGGUGUCUGAUCGGGCCAUGUCACCCCUUGUCUUCACUCUCCUGCACCUGCUCACGCAUCUGGCCAUGUUCCUGGGAGCCACAGAAAAUCCUCAGGCAUUACAGAAGAUUAUCAAGCCACUGGUGCACAACUCGAUGAGUUUCCUGGAGGAGCACAUUCAGGAGGACUUGGCACAGCUGACAAAAAUUUUGGGGAAGAGUGUUGAUGAGACUAUCAACAUCUUUCAUCUUGUUCUCAGCAGCCUCCUCAAGGACCCUCAUCAGCACCCAGGGCAGUGGCCAGUUAGGUUUGAUGGUGUGCUCUCCACCAAGGAGAAGAGAAACAACUGGGAAGAAAUUGUUGCAAAAACAAUUAUUGUUCCUGAAUUGCAGGAUUUGGAUAAAAAACUUGUGAAGUUAAAUAGACAAAUACAAGAGGAUGAGAGAAUUUCUUCUAAUCCAUUAGUGAAAAUAGUCUAUGGUGAGCCAGCUGCUUUCCUGUCCCAGCUGCCAGAGGACAGUCACAUACAUCACUCCAAGAUGUGGAGCUGCCGAAAGAGGAUUUCAGUGGAGAACCUGGGCCACAUAGUCCAGCAGAAGAAUGCUAAGGACACUGUCCCUCUCCUGUGGAAGUUCCUGCAGAAGGAAACAGAGCUGAGGCUGGUUAAGUUCUUACCAGAGAUUCUGGCUCUGCAGAGAGACUUGGUGAGGAGAUUUCAGAACACAGCUGAUGUCAAGCCCUGCUCCAUCAGGGACUUCCUCAGUGAACCCCUCUCAGAUGUGAUGAGGGACCUGCUACAGAGGAGAGUGAAUGUGUUUCUGUCUGUCUGGAACAAGCUGAGAAGCUCACUGGACACCAAUGGGGAAAUUAAGCUUCCUAAAGGCUACUGUGAUGCUGACCUGACCCUGGACAGCAAGCUUGAGGUCCUUCUGCCACGUCGACAGGGGCUGGGCCUCUGCUCCACAGCCCUGACCAGUUACCUCAUCAGUCUGCACAAUGAUUUUAUCCACUCUGUGAACAAACACAUGAAGGAAGAUGAUCGGUACUUGGUCAGCCCAUCAGAAGUGGCUGACCUGCAUUUGAUCAGUUAUGAGGUUGAGAGAGACCUGAUUCCUCUGAUCUUGUCCAACUGCCAGUACAGCAUGGAGAAGGGGGGGGAGACGUUGCAGGACUUUGAUCUAGAGAAGAUCCAGCAGCAAAUCAUCAGCAAGUUCCUGCAAGGGAAGCCACUCAUCACCCUAAAGGGGAUACCCACCCUGGUGUGCAGGCACGACCGGAACUACGAGCAGCUCUUCAGUGAUGUCAGGAGCAAGGUGGAGCAGAGUGCUCUCCCCAGUUCUGUGAUGAACAUGAUCAGUGGGGAACUAGUGUCUUACAGUGAUGUCUGUGAUGCUCUGUCCAUCACUGAGAUUACCUUGGGAUUCCUGGCCAUGGCUGGAGAGAAUGCUGAGAUGCUUCUUGUUGACUACAUCAAAAAUGUUCUGCAGAUGGGUGAUCAGACAAACUCUCAUGUACUGCAGGCUCUCAGGCAGUGCCACCUAAAGCACAGCAUAGCCCUCUGGCAGCUCCUCUCAACCCACAAGUCUGAGCAGCUUCUGCGCCUCAAGAGGGAUCCUUUUGUAGACAUCAGUGCAGACUACAAAGCUGAGCUCAGUCCAAAGAUUGCCAAGCUCCUCAACACCUUCCUUGUCCACUCAAGACUGGAAACCUUCCUGCAGGAGCUCCAUGAAAUGAUUGUCUUGAGGCUGAGACGUGUCCAAGCUGUGGAUAUGUUCAGACCCACAUGGAGCCUGAAGGAAUCACUCCUUCCUUACCUCGAUGCCAAAGACUCUGAGUUGGCUAUAGAGCUGCAGGAGAUGUUCCCAGAUGAGAUUUUCCUCUCUCAUGCUACUGCCACCUGGAAAGCAGCUGCUGCCUUCAAACGAGAGCGCAGGGAAAGCUGA